GAGAUGGCGCCCGGCAGCGCGCGCGGGGGGCGGCGGGAAGGAAAUGGCGGAGCGGGAGGCGGCCGGCGGCGGCUCGGGCUCCGGGGCUGGCCCGCUGCCGGGGCGGUGCGCCUUCUUCGUGCAGAGGAAGAGGCGCUUCUGCAAGAUGGUCCCGGCGCCCGGGAGACGCUUUUGCGGGGAGCACGGGCGGCAGGAGAAAGAAAAUGACAGGAAAAGAAUUCCGUGCCCUCUUGAUCCGAAACAUACCGUGUAUGAAGACCAACUACAAAAACAUUUAAAAAAAUGUAAUUCCAGAGAGAAGCCAAAGCCGGUCUACUUUGUUCAAGAUAUUAAUGCAGGUGUAAAAGAAGUAGCAGAAAUACCAGCAAAUCAAGUAACUCUCUCUUCCCUAUCCAAAGAAGAGCUUGAAAACUUAAUUAUCAAGUUGAAAAAAGCAAGUAACGGUCUGGAACUUGACCUUAAAGAACAAGUACUCUCUCACCAGGCUUUAGAGGAAGCCUUAAAUGACCCAAAGAACGGGGACUCUGCUUUCAAACACUUGAAACAACAGGCUUCUAUUUUAGGUAACAUGGAAAAAUUACAUUUGCUUGGUCCAGGAAGAUGUUUCGUUGAGUUUGGAGCUGGGCGAGGAAAGCUGUCUCACUGGGUUGAUAUUGCCUUACAAGAUACUGAAAAUAUUCAAUUUUUGCUUGUAGAAAGGGCAACUACAAGAUUCAAGGUGGAUGGAAAACAUAAAAAGAGAGAUUCUACAUUUGAAAGGCUUCAAGUUGAUAUUCAGCAUUUAUGUUUAAGUCACUGUGUAUUUCGUUUUGUUUAUUUUUCAGGUAAGGUGCCUAUUUUAGAGAAGACAAAACUACCAGUGGUAGGAAUUGGGAAACAUUUGUGUGGUGCUGCCACAGAUCUUGCUUUGAGAUGUUUGGUAGAAAGUUAUGCAACUUGCUGUAAUGAAGAAGAUGAAGAGCCUGCACCAAAACGUACAAAGAAUAAGGCAGAAGGAGCUUCUAACAGUUCAAAUGAUGAUGACAAUGAAAGGAACAAAGAAGACUUUAAGCCUGUAGCUGGAAUUGUUAUUGCGCUGUGUUGCCAUCACAAAUGUGACUGGACACAUUAUGUAGGCAGAGAGUUCUUUAGAUCAGUAGGACUUGGACCAGUAGAAUUUCAUUAUUUUCAAAGGAUGAGUAGCUGGGCCACUUGUGGCAUGAGAGGAGCCAUAGCCAAAGCCUCUACAAAUGAAGAAAGUGAAGAUCACACUACCAACACAGAAGAGCUUGGCCAAAUAUACAGUAAAACAGGGACUGGUUCUGAUGCUCUACAAGGGCUCCUUACUGUUGAAGAGCGGAAGGAGAUAGGGUCCCUCUGUAAACUUGUGAUUGAUCACGGACGGAUCAGAUAUUUACAGCAUCGAGGAUACAAGGCUGCACUACAGUACUAUACAGAUUCCUCUGUGUCCUUGGAGAAUGUCCUGUUGACAGCUGUCCCAGAGACAACGACGUGACAAGAUGCAGAUUUGGAACUGGCAGAAAAACUACAAAAUCUAUCUGGAUUGUAUAAAAAGCAGAUUUGGUGCUUACAGAAAACCAGUUUUACUCUUUCUUAUCCCAAGAAAAGGUUUUAUAUUUCCCAGUUUGACUGGAAAUUAAAAAUAUGCAAAGCAGUUCUCAUUACUAGAAAAAUGAAAUCCCUAAGAAUACUUGAAACUAAUUGCAAGCCGUAUUGUUAGGAAGAAGCAUCUUUUGAUAGUUUCUACUUACAGUUAGGUUCCUUCAUCAUUAGCAGUUAUGACAGGAGAAGCAUCAGAAGUGCAGCUUUCCACAUGUCCUGAAAGACAGUGGGUUAAAAUAAGAGAAAUUAACAUAAUUUGUUUCCAAUUAGAUGGUUAGGAUACUUUUGUAUUUCCUCCUAAGUUAUUUAAGUAUUCUUAGGUACUUAUUUCAUCAGCUCUAGGAGCAUUCAUUAAAGAAUAAAACUUAUUUUUAAACCA